AAUGUCAUCUUUAUUCGACCGAGCAAUUGAUUUUCGGCGCUCAUUUCACAAUCUGAUUAGUAAUAGAAAAUUCUUGAAUUGGACACCCCGAGGUAUUGUAGUUCCGCAUGAAAGAGUUAUGUGUCCACGUUGUUGGCAAACUUCACGCACAAAGCUUUUGAAAUCAACCCUGCGAUUGAGACACAGAAGAUGGCUUUGCAAAAAUGUCUCGCUGUAUUUUUAUGUUGGAUUUGUUUAUUGUUGGUGGAAGAUUGUGAUGCGGGUUACAGAUCGUAUAGACGGUAUUAUUACACAACGUAUUACAGCAGCGGCGGGGUGAUUGGUGGUAUAGUGUCCGCUAUUGGGUCUGGAAUCACAUUAACAAUAAUCAUCAUAUGUUGUUGCGUCCGACGAUCCAGAAGAAAUGCAAAUAAUGCAGGUGUUUUCAUCUGUAACCCAAACAACCCGCCCACGAUCGUUACAUCAAAUGUUUCUUCAGGAGUUACCUAUCCUCCACAGCCAUAUGCGCAUGGUGGACAGUAUAAUACUGCGUUUCAGUAUGGAGUGGGUGCCCCGGCCCAGAAGAAUGGAGACGCUCCACCACUAUCCUAUGGCGUACCAGCGCCACCAUACAACUCUGUCGUUGGUCAAAAUGACGUUGCAUAUCCUCCCCGUCCAACACAAGAAAAUAUUUCCUACGCGUCAGCUCCUCCACCGAAUAAAUAUUGAUUUGAACAUUUAAAUCAAAAUGUACUAUAAUAUUAUGUAGCAUAUAUUACAUUUUAAGCAUCAAGAUGUAUCAUUUAUUUCAUGCCUAAAGCAUUGUUGAAUCCGAUUUCAAUUUUACAUUUUUUUUUUAUUCCAACCGGUGCAAUCUCUAGACUUUUGUAAACCUUUAUUUUUUUUAUUCUUUGAGCAUUUUUGUAUAUAAAAAUGAUAUAUUUU